AUGGGCAAUUUAUUGGGUAAGCGAAAGCCGGAUUAUGAUGACGAUGAUGAUGAUGAUUUGGAGAUCAACCCGAUUCUCAAGAAACAAAAGGUAACAUCCGAGGAGACAUUAACGGAAGGACUUGCUGAUGAUCCUAGUCUCCAGCACAAGUCUGAUGAUGAUCAGGAGGCUAAUUUAUUUGGUAAGCGAAUCCUGGAAGAUGAUGAUGAUUUGGAGACCAAACCCAUGCUGAAGAAACUUAAGGAAAUAUCCGAGGAGACAUUAAUAACGGAAGGACUUGCUCUUGCUGAUCCUACUAGUCUCCAGCACAAGUCUGAUGAUGAUCAGGAGGAGACAAUGGAAGGACUUAGUGACGACACUCCCGAUUUAGUUGAGGAAGACGAUGAAGCUGACUUGAUGAAAAAUACGCUCUGUAUUUCCCAUCUCUCUCGCCAAGCUAAUAUACAAGAUAUCAUCGAUUUCUUCAAAGGUGUGGUGCAUGCGCUGGAAAAGAAGAACGGUAAACGUUUGCUCAAUCGCAAGAUAACCCUUGAUGUGGCUAAUAAGAAGUUAUACCCUCUACCAAAGUAUUCCUUGGAUCACAAGGUUUGCUACGAAGACUGCCUUGGACAAGAAAGCCCAGUGGAAGGACUUGCUGAUGUUGAUGAGGAAGCAAGACAAAAGACGCUGUUUGUUUCCAAUCUCCCUUCUCAAGUUAAAACACGGAAUAUCAUCUCUUUUUUCAAAGAUGUUGGACAAGUUGUUGGUGUUCGACUUAUUGUAGACCGCAUGGGUAAGCAUGUGGGCUGUGGUUUUGUUGAGUUUGCUUCUGCUAACGAAGCAGACAAGGCGCUUGAACAGAAGAAUGGUCAAAUGUUGCGCUAUCGUAAAUCUUUUUUUAGUAAGAUUUUUCUUGACGUGGCUGAGAGAGCUCCAUACCCAAUCCGAUACAAGUACAACCUUGUAGAGAAGCUUUGGUAUGCAGACAACCUUCUACGUGAACCUAAUCUGAAGCAGCAGGAGGAAAAAUCCUAG